GUGCUAUGGCUUACGAUAUGCACAGCCCUGGUUGGGUACAUUCCCGAGGGCAGAUUCAAGCAGUGGGUAAAUUAUCACGUGUCGAUAAUGUGUUUUGGCCUUUUAUCUGGCGCGUUAUCGUCAGUAAUCACCUACCACAAUACUGAAAAUAAGCCGAAAAACGGAAUAUGUGUUGCGAAUCAUACGUCACCUAUUGAUGUACUUAUUUUAAUGUGCGAUGGCUGUUAUUCGCUGAUUGGGCAAAGACAUGGGGGUUUUCUGGGAAUAUUCCAGAGAGCUCUUGCAAGGGCUUCUCCCCAUAUAUGGUUUGAGAGGUCGGAGGUCAGGGAUCGACAUGCUGUUGCUAGAAGAUUAAAGGAGCAUGUCUCGAAUCCGGAAAAUCCUCCAAUUCUGAUUUUCCCCGAAGGAACUUGCAUUAACAAUACUUCAGUAAUGCAAUUUAAAAAAGGCAGUUUCGAAGUAGAUACAGUUAUCUAUCCCGUUGCAAUAAAGUACGACCCUCGUUUCGGGGAUGCCUUCUGGAACAGUAGUCGUUAUUCGAUGCUUCAGUAUCUUUACAUGAUGAUGACCAGUUGGGCCAUUGUGUGUGACGUAUGGUAUUUGCCUCCGAUGUACAAAAGAGAGGGCGAAACGGCUGUGGAUUUUGCCAAUAGGGUGAAAAGUGUGAUCGCCAAACAGGGUGGACUAGUAGAUUUAGUGUGGGAUGGUCAACUAAAAAGAGAGAAGCCGAAGAAAGAAUGGCGCGAGUGGCAGCAGGAAGAGUUCAGUAAACGACUUAAAAAUGAGUAAUUUUUUCAGAGAUUAGGGUAAAUAAUAAAUAAGUUAAUCUUAGAACGAAUAAUUGAUAGGUUUAAUUUGUAUGAUGUAUAAUUUCGUAACGAUAUUGGUUUGUUUAGUGCGUUGUUUUUGUGGCAUUUUUUAUUUUUCAAUAUCUUUUUUUUUUUAAUUUGGGAGAAUGAAUGUGUUAAGUAUUAACAUUACCAGAGUUAAUUAAUGAGAAAAAAACAAAUACGAACAGCAUCACACGUGGAAUUUUAUAGAAGCGUAAAAAUAACUAAUUUUAUUGUUUUAAAUGAAAAAAAAACUUCUACUUCAUAAAGAAACGUU